UCCUUAUCGCCACCUGAGUGUGAUGGCGGCAAGGUGCUUGUUUUUCCAUUGGAUGGGAGCCACUGGGUGAACAUGAAAGUUAUUAUUGAGGGACUACACUCCAGAGGCCACCAGGUUGAUGUUAUACGAACGGACGACAGUUGGUACAUUAAGGAAAAGUCCCCACUCUACACCUCCAUCACACUCGACGUGGAGUCGGGCUUCAACAAAGAUUUCAUUGGGAUGUUUGUGCAGCAAUUACUGAAAAUCCAACGGGAAGGGAACUUCGCCUGGACUCGUUUUAAACUGGAAAUGGAGCAAGGUGAAAAAGCCUCGAUGAUGCAUGAAAAAACUGGCAAAUUGCUGGAGUGGAUUUUUGAGAAUAAAACCUUGGUGGAGUCUCUGCAAAGCGCCAAGUACGACCUUGUUCUGACAGACCCAGGCAUGCCAGCCGGUGUUAUUUUUGCCCAUUACUUGAAGUUACCUCUCGUUUUCAACGUGAGAUGGACCAGUCACGGCGAGGGCCAUUUAGCAAUCGCGCCAUCCCCUCUGUCAUAUGUGCCCAUGACAGGAACAAAACUUUCUCAUAACAUGAGAUUUUUUGAAAGAGUUCUGAAUGUUUUGGUGUUUAUCUUUGGGGAAUAUCAAAUCUCAAAGUAUGUAAAACCACAUUAUGAAGGCAUAAUCAAAAAGUAUUUAGGCCCUAAUGAAGACUAUUGUGCACUGUUCCAAGCAGCAGACCUGUGGCUCAUGAGAGUGGACUUUGUCUUUGAGUUUCCUCGCCCCACCAUGCCCAACGUCAUCUACAUGGGGGGCUUCCAGUGUAAACCUGCCAAGCCUUUACCGGACCACCUGGAGGAGUUUAUUCAGAGUUCUGGAGAGCACGGAGUCAUCAUCAUGUCUCUGGGGACUCUAAUCGGAGAACUUCCCGCCGACUUAGCUGAUGACAUCGCGGGCGCUUUUGCCAAGCUCCCCCAGAAGGUCAUCUGGCGGUAUAAAGGUGCUAAACCUUCCACUCUGGGCAACAACACUCUCCUGGUGGACUGGAUGCCGCAGAACGACUUGCUGGGACAUCCCAAGAUGAAACUCUUCGUGGCUCACGGUGGGACAAAUGGUGUCCAGGAAGCGAUUUACCACGGAGUUCCAAUCCUCGGGCUACCGCUCAUUUUUGAUCAGCGAGAUAAUCUGUUCCGGAUAGAAGUGAGAGGAGCAGGGAAAGUCGUGGAUAUAUUCACCAUGGAUCAACAUAUUUUCUUCCAGAGCAUACAGGAAGUCCUGACUGAUCCGUCCUACAAGAACAACAUGGAGAGGCUGUCCAGGCUGCACAGAGAUCAGCCCAUCCCGCCGCUCGACAACGCCCUCUUCUGGAUUGAGUUGGUCAUGAGGCACAAGGGUGCAGCUCACCUGAGGACAGAGUCAUACAAGCUGCCCUGGUACACUUACUAUUCUCUGGACGUGCUCCUCUGCUUAGCUGCUGUGGUACUGCUUAUUCUCAGUGCUCUGAGCACCUUUAUUUGCUGUCUUUGCUCCAAAGUGUGCUUGAAAAGAAAACAUAAACAUGAUUGA